AUGUCACCGUCAUCCGUCUUCCACAUCAAGGAGCACAUCCUCGACGCUUCUCACGUCCGCGAGUUCCCCCACGCCCUCGCAAACUCCCAAGAUGACGUCCUCAAGCUGUCCGUCAAGGAGUACAUCCCCAAGGACAACACGAACCCUCAGCCCGGCGACGUGACCAUCAUCGGCGCGCACGCCAACGGGUUUCCAAAGGAACUCUACGAGGCCCUCUGGGAAGACCUCCACGCCGAGUCCGUCAAGACGCAGACCUUCCGCAUCCGCUCCAUCAUCAUCGCCGACGCCGCCUGGCAGGGCGCCUCCUCCGUCCUCAACGAGGGCAAGCUCGGCAACGACCCGGGCUGGUUCGACCACCCGCGCGACCUCCUCCACGUCGUCAACACCCUCCGCCCGCCCCGCCCCCUCUUCGGCGUCGGCCACUCCUUCGGCGGCAACUCCAUCGUCAACCUCGCCCUCGCCAACCCCCGCCUCCUCUCCGCCGUCGUCCUCCUCGACCCCGUCAUCUCCAAGUGGUCCUCCAACGCCCGCGGCAGCAUCGCCGCCAGCCCCGCCGCCGCCUCCGCCUACCGCCGCGACCUCUGGCCCUCGCGCGCCGAGGCCCGCGCCGCCUUCCAGAAGAGCCCCUUCUACAGGGCCUGGGACCCCCGCGUGUUCGACGCCUGGGUGGACAACGGGCUGCGGGACGUGCCGACGCAGCUGUACCCGCAGGGCAAGGGCGUGACGCUGACGACGACGAAGCACCAGGAGGUCUUCACGUACUUCAGGCCGAGCUGGGACGCGUACGACAAGACGGGGCGGGCGGUUGUGCGGCCCGACCUCGUGCCGGACCUGGACCAGUCGUUGAACGAGAGGUAUUACACGUUCCCCGUGUACCGCUCCGAGGGGGCGAGCACGCUGGCGAGGCUGCCGCACCUGAGGCCCGGGGCCCUGUACGUCUUUGGCGGGACGAGCGAUCUGUCGACGCCGGAGCUGAGGGAGGAGAAGAUGAGGCUUACGGGGACCGGGCCCGGCGGGAGCGGCGGCGUGGCGAGGGGGCGGGUGAAGGAGGUCACGCUGCCCGAGGCGGGGCACCUUUUCCCCAUGGAGAUACCGGGGCUGAGUGCGAAGUUGACAGCGGAGUGGAUUGUGAAGGGGCUGGGCGAGUGGAGGAGGGAGCAGGAUGAGUAUGAGAGGUGGUCGAAGUUGAGCGUCCAAGAGAAGACCACGUUGACGGACGAGUGGAUGAAGAGGAUCGGCAGGCCGGAGAGGCCGCCAAAGGCCAAGAUGUAG